GUGCCGGUGGCGGCCCCGGUGGUCGGUGUCGGUACUGAACAUCCAGCAGGACUCUCGCUGCGUUGAGUCAGUUCGCCGAAGCUCUGCCGACUGGAGGGAUGUGACCCCGGAACAGGACGCCUUCCUACAACAACACACCAUUCAAACAGAGAAUAGAAGAAAGAAAAGCUGGACCAGGAGGGAGCUACAGGAGCAGGGGGGAUGAACCACGAGGAGGCCCCGGGGAAGUCUCCUGAAGACAUGUACAUCCAACAGAAAGUGCGGGUCCUGCUCAUGCUAAAGAAAAUGGGAUCGAAUCUUACGCCCAGUGAAGAGGCUUUUCUCCGCAAUUACGCAGGUGUGGUCCACAGUCAGAUGAGCCAGCUUCCACAGCACAACAUAGACCAGGGUGCAGAGGACGUGGUGAUGGCGUUCUCACGGUCAGAGGCGGAGGAUCGGCGACAGUGACCCUGGCCCCCCCCCCCCAAUUCUGCCCUACCGCAGUCCUCCCCACCCCCUUCCCGCCCCGCACGUGAUCCACACAGCAACCCAAACUCCACAAACGCAACACUGAUGAGCUCAGGAGAGGAGGGGCACCCGGGAGGGACAGAAGAGGAGGGGAAGAGACUCCAGAAGGUGGCUGCCUCGCUCUCCCCCGGCCUCUUCCAUCCCCUCCUCAUACAAGCUGGCACACCAUUUCCUGAGAUGCACUCAAGUGCUACACUGUGGGUUGAAGCAUCUGCAACAAGGCAGUCAGUGAAAACACUCACAGAUUGUGUGGAUGAAUAUCAAAUGUAGUUUUCUUUUUUUUUUUUUUUGGGGGGCGGGUUGGUUUUGUUUUGUAUUAUUUUGUCUGUGUUGAGACUUUAGGCAGUGUUACGUGUUAUAUCUGCUGCGGUCACGGGAGGAAGUGACCAGUCAGCAGCUGAUUGAAGCAAAGAGAAAUAUAGUUUUGGUCAAGCAGCGAGUGUGAUGGUUGAUCGUGUUAGGGGAGAGAUUUUUUUUAUUAUUUCUGCUUACCUUAAUGGGGCUGAAAUAGUUUUUUGAUUUAGCUGUUGUGUUCUAAAGGCUUUUGUAUUGUGUCACACAAGGGGCCUCAUUUAUAAACAUUUGGUGUGUAUUAAAAAAGAGCCGUGAAAGAUUGGUACGCCAUCUCCCAUGCAGCUGUUUCACGUCUUCUGGAACCUGCACGCUGAAGACAAAGUAGUUAAAUAAAAUCUAAUGUAUUAAUAACUCUUCUCAGACAGUUAAUUUUCCCUCUUUAUAUCUAGUCUGGCUGCACCCAUUGUCAUUCUGUUAUAAGGGAAACAAACGCUGUGGCUUGACAUAUUUCUUCAAACUAAUCACAAUCGUCUUGGGUGACGCUAAGAACAGGGUGCAGCGCCGGUGCCUUUACAAAACGGUAACACGCAGCAGGAGAGGAGAAUGCCUCGUGAAAUACGAGGCCAAUGGCAGGCUGAUACCCACAGUCUACAUCCGGUGAGUCACUUUAUAUCAAAUUCUAGCCGGUUUAUUUAUCACCUUGCGGCAGGUAGUUAGAGAAAGUAGAACCACGACACACCCAUCAAGUGCAGUGAGCUCCAGUGACCUUUUCUUUACCAAUAUGCAGCGACGGCAAGUAUUUUUUAUUAUUAAACUCUAUAUUUUUAUUUUCUGAUCACGCAGCGCUCAAUCUAAUUGGUCAAAUCAGAAAUACUAACAAACAGUGAAGUCAAACAUUUCUCUUUGUGGAUUUGCAAUCUGACCUUUUUGUUCCCGUGCAAAUAUUAGAACGACACACUGAUUGAUUUGUGUGUUAACACUCACAGCAGGCCUGUCAUUAAUCAUUCAUGUUUAAUUAUGGGAGUUAACAGGGCAAGAUGACGAGGCUACUGACCUGAUUGAUGUGUAAAUGGAAACAGCGUCACGGUGGGGGUAGUUUUUACUCGCGCACAGUUUUCUUCUCGACAAAUCUACGCACAGGUUUUUAUAAAUGAGGCCUCUGUUGUUGUUCUUCUGCUGCUUUAUUUUGAACCACAGGCUGUUGAAAGUGCAACAACCUUUCUCUUCAAAGCGUAAGAAUUAAAGACACUAGCAGACAUAAUCACAUGAAACACAGGUAUACACAUUCUCCCCAAACAAACACUAGUUUGGGGUUGUUGUGACGUGUAAAACUUUUUUUUAAUUGUGCAAAUAGUUGGGAAAAUACAAUAAUGAAUUGAUUGUGCCAAUUGUUUUUUUUGUUUUUUUUUAUCUGUAAGAUGACAUUAACAUAACGAUUUUAAAAAAUUGAUAAGAGACAGAUAAGAGCUGUAGUUGUAAUUUAUUGUUUACUGAAUUGACUUCCUCGAACACAUCACUAAAGAUGGAGAACCAGUAGAUAGUUUAGUGUCAUCAGCGGUGGCUCUUUGUUAAAAUCACACAAACUCUAAUUUCUAACUACCUGUAACUAAACACGUGAAGCCAAACGUAAGAGCUGUGCGCUAUUUCUGACUGUACUGUAUCUCUUGCACUAUUAUCAAUGGGAUAUUUGCAAAAAAUACAUUUUGAUAUUUAGCGCAGAGAUUCUAUGUUUGGUUCAAUGGAUAAAAGAAAAACUUUGUAACCGUGUUUUUAUUCCUUCGGUGAUAAAAAAAGAAAAAACCUUCUGUGUUAAUUGACUCAACUGGAAUAGCUCAAAGGAAUAUUUGUUAACAACAGACAUGUUUUUCUAGUGACAUGCUCAAUAUUUAAUGUGUUUUAAGUACAGUUUGUUAACUUGUAUAACUUAAAAAUAAUUGUAACGUAAUGUUUUGAAGCCAAGCAUGUCCUGCCUCGUGGUUUAUAAUGUUCAUUCAAGUGGAGCCGAGGAUCUUUGAAGCCUCGGCACAUUGACCAUUGUUUGUACGCUCUUGACGUUUGUGGAAGCUACUAGCUCUUUUAAAAAUGUUUCAGAAAAAAAAAAUCAUUUUUUGUAUGGGUAAAAUAUUAUCCAUUAUUUGUUGUUGGCAAUAACUUCUAUCUGAAUGUUCUCAGCAAUCAUUGCGAUGUAAUCAGCCAACAGAUCUAUCACGCUGUCCGCCUAUGACGAAGACAUUUGUCUUUUUAUGUUUACUUUUUUUUUUUAAACAUUCUUUAUUUGUCUAUGCAUUGUUUUUUCUCUCUCUAAAAGGCGUCUUACUGUACAUUUUAACUAUCGGAGGUUGUUCUACAGCCUUUGUUCAAGUUGUGAAUGUGUGUGUGUGUGUGUGUGUGUGUGUGUGUGUGUGUGUGUGUGUGUGUGUGUGUGUGAGAAAUCAUCAUUGAGCUUGCUACCGGUUUUUGAUUUGCAGCAUGCUUUUGAGUUUGACUCUGAUCGAUGUAUCUUUUUACUGUGAUGACAUGACUUUGCCUAAUUGUUCUUUUUUUCUUUUUUUGUUGCUUUUGUAUUUUAUUUUCCUCUCGGUCGACAUUGAUUAGUUGGUUUUGUUUUGUAUGGCUGCUGACCAUGUCUUGACUUAAUGCUUCCAAAUCCUAUACCAACUGAACCAUUAAAAAUAUUUUAAACAGUGAAA